CAUGUGUCCCUCUAGCUACUAUUUAAAUAGCUACGAUGUACCGGUAGCUUGUGAUAGGUUUGCAUGUGGUACAGUCCUGAGCAUAGCACCAGCUCUAGCUAUGUAGCUACCGGUACCAGUAGCUAGCUAGUCUUGGUACAUGUACCCACCGGAGGGAGAGCAUGGCGAAACCGCGAAAAAAGAAACUCUUGGCAGCUCUGUGGGUUUCUUUUAGCAAAGCAUUCGAUCGAGGACCACCCCACACCCCAAACACACUCGAUCCAUGAGACGAAGAAGAGAAUAACGAGAAGGAAGUUGGAAGGCUUUGUGAAAGACAAGAGAGAGAGAGAUAUCGAGCGGUCUAGAAUGUCGUUGGCACCAGAGGAAAUAUAUGUACGAGUCAAGCGCCAAAACCAAACAUACUUCAUCCCCUGUGCGCCAGACGAUAAGAUUCGGGUGGUGAAGGAGAAGAUUGAACAGGCAUUGAAGGUAUCCGAAAAAGACGAUGGAGUGACGGCAGAUCACAUGCGGCUGCUGAUGCCACCACCCAAAUCGACGGUCCUGGAGGAUGACCAAGCCUUGACACACUACGAGAUCAAAAAUGACACGGAGUUGCAUGUUGUUUUCCAAAUAUCAGAAAAUCUAUGGGAGACAGUGGCUGUCGAGAGUAUGGAUAUUGCUAGUUCGGCAGCCCCAAGUUAGUUAGUUGCUCUGGCUGCAAAAGCGAUCGACGUUAGCUGCGGCAAAAGCAAAGACGUAAAUAAUAUGCUAUAGAUUGGGAAACCAGUUCUGAAAACCUUUUCGUGGAGACUCGACUCAUGUAAAAGCUGACAACUCCACGUUGAAAUUGGCUAGUGGUCAAAGGACACUUCUAAUCCUUGAACAUUUGAGGAUUGGGACGUAUCGAAGUUGAGGAAUGGUUCUGUUUUCGUCUCCGAGAAGGAGUUUUCUUCGUGAGUAGUCGGAGGAUCAUGGAUCUUUCUUGAUGCAAAGCUUGCACAUCAAAUCUAUCAUACGGUAGCUAGCUAGAAGCCUUCUUCCUCUUCUGAGGUUGCGGUCGCUGCGAAAGAAUUGCGUGGUCCCAAGGGUUGUCAUCCCUUUGGUUCGUAUGCAAAUGGUGCUACACAAGCCACACUACCGUAGCUAGCUACUAGUAUUGCAUUAGCCAUCAAGUUAAUACUUUGAACAAUCUUUUAUAUGAUGUAUUACCGGUCUCUUUCUUAAAUGAUACAAAAUCGGGCU